AUGCGUUGCCAGAUCGGCCUCGUCUCUGUCCUGGGCAUGCUGGCUUCGGCCCACCCUGCCCCUGCUCUCGAUGCCAGGCAGGCGUCUGGCUCUGCCGUGGCCUCCCCUGCCCCCUCUGAUACCAACAACAACCCCCAGGAGUCUGCCGUGCCUGUCAUCACCACUGCCACCGGCACCGUCGCCACGGCUGCCCCCGUCCAGGCCACCGACGCCCCUGCUUCGGACGGCUCGGACAGCGAUGCCGCUGGUGUCGCCGGCACCGUUCUCAUCCUCGCUCGUGACGAGUACAGUGCCUCUCUCGGCAGCGCUGGCCUCGUCGGCUACGGCAUCAACUAUGAGCACUACAUCGUGCCCAAGGAGGGCCGGGACCUGCCCAAGCUCAACUCGACUCUGAAGCACGGCAACUACGGUGGCAUCAUCGUCACCGACGCCCUCGCCUACGAGUACGAUGACGGCUGGCACAGCGCCUUCUCCUCUGAGCAGUGGGCUGCCAUCCACUCCUACCAGGCCGACUUCCGCGUCCGCAUGGUCCGCAUCAACGAGUACCCCGGCCCCCAGUUCGGUGUCACCACCGUCGGCGGCGGCUGCUGCGGCGCCGGUGUUGAGCAGCUCAUCAGCUUCACUGACGUUUCCGCCUUCCCCACUGCCAACAUCAAGAAGAACGCCGGUGUCACCAGCCAGGGCCUCUGGCACUACCCCGCGUCCAUCACGGACACGGCCACCACCAAGCAGGUCGCCAAGUUCGGUACCGGUGGCACGUACACCUCGGAGACCGUCGCCGCUGUCAUCAACAAGAUCGACGGCCGCGAGCAGUUUGUCUGGUUCACCUCGUGGGCCCCUGACUGGUCGUCCACCUCCAACUACCUGCAGCACGCUCACAUCCACUGGAUGACCCGCGGUGCUUUCCUUGGCAAGCGCAAGACGCACCUGAGCGCCCAGAUCGAUGAUGUCCAGCUCGGCACCGACCUGUACUACCCUGCCGGCGGUCACUACAAGAGCACCACAGCUGAUCUCAACGGUCACGUCUCUUGGCAGAAGAACCUCAACGCUCGCCUGCCCCAGGGUUCCUCCUUCUGGCUCGAGUUUGCCCACAACGGCAACGGCGACAUCGAGGCCGCCACCACCCGCUCCGGCUCGGAGAACUACUGCGACCCCGACACGGCCGUCUACCAGGAUGACUUCCCUGCCACUGCUCUUGAGUUCCAGAAGCCCCUCGGCACCGGCCAGGACUACUGGCCCGACAUGUUCACCACCUACAACUGGACCAAGGCCUGUGCCGACCGCGACAGCUUUGCCGUCUGGUUCCAGAAGGCUGCCAACCGUGACGCCUUUGGCCACCUCUCGCACACCUUCUCCCACAUGUCGCUGAACAACGCCACCUACGCCGACGCCACGCGCUUCUCUGCCCACGGCCUCGUCCCCCCUGCCAUCACCGGCAUGCACAACGGCGACGCCAUCAAGGCCUGGAUCGACAACGGCAUCACCAACGUUGUCGGUGACAACACGCGCAACCCCCUGCGCAACCUCGGCAACAAGUACCACCCCCUGACGAGCACUGUCGCCGACAACGGCUACGCCGGCCUCAACAUCAUCCCUCGCUUCGCCACCACCAUUUACUACAACUGCGACACGGCCGAGUGCACGCUCCGCGAGUGGAAGGAGACCUCCGCCGGCACUGGCGACUUCAACACGCUCCUUGACAACGCCCGUGCCACCAACACGCGCUACCUCAUGAGCCUGCAGUCCGACCCCUACAUGUUCCACCAGGCCAACCUCCGCUUCAACGAUCAGCCCACCAUCACCGUCGGCACCAAGACGGCCAAGAUGUCCCUCGUCAUGGCCUGGGUCGAGACCAUUGCCCAGGAGAUGACCCGCCUCACCAACUGGCCCAUCACCACCCUCAAGCAUGACGACAUCGGCAAGUACUUCAUCGACCGCAAGACCCUCGACGCCUGCAAGCCCAAGGUCUCCUACGGCUACGCCGCCGACGGCAACUCGAUCAAGUCCAUCACCGUUACCGCCAACGGCAACUCCUGCGCCGUCCCCGUCCCCGUCACCAUCCCCUCCGGCUCCGUCACCGCUGCCGGCGGCUCUGCCACCGCCGACGUCGUCGGCUCUGAGCCCCCCAUCCAGUGGGUCACCCUCAGCGGCUCGCCCGUCACCCUCACCCUCGGCACCGCCGUCAGCAUCGCUGCCUAA